AUAAAGACUGGAUUUUAGACUUUGUUGGACUCCACAUCAGCUAUGAGUAUAUGGAAAGAUGACAGAUCUGGAUGACAUAGUAAAUGUUUGAUAUAUCAUCUGACCUUACACGUGUCCUAAAUUGUAUAUUACGCUUGCAGUUUUUGUGAAUUUGUUACAAGUUGGGGCAUGGAAGGAACAGAUAACAUGUAAGCACUGAAGGUGAGUACAGCAGAAAAACUUGAAAAUGAAAAAGGUGCUCGUACAUCUUAAUAAUUAAGCAACUUCAAUGAAACACAGUACAACAGAAAUUCAAAAGCGAAGUUUCUUCAAUAGUUUAAUCUGGAACUGGUGAACAGGACUAUCUGAAAAGCAAUCUUAACCUUUCUCUGCCUCGAACAAGGGAAUACAGGCAUACAAACAAACAAUAAAUGAUUCCAAGUGCUUAAAUUACAUCACAAAACAGAGCAGUCCAUCACAGUUGUAGGAUACCAGAAGAGCAGGAAGAAAUAGCUGCCAAUAUGGAUUUUAAUAUUAUUGCCUUGUUUACACAAAGGAAAUGUUAACGCUAUGGGUGGCUGGGUUUUCCAAGUAGAUCACCAACACACCAAUGAAAGCAUAGUAAACUUUAGAAUUUGAUUAUCUUAACAUACAGGUCGCAACCUUACUGUGCAUUUCUCGGCAUAUACAUGUAUGGUGUUCACAGGUGGAGUUGUUGCCCCAGUUUGGCCGUAUGCUGUGGUGUUGGUUUCAUUUUGAACGGAACUGUGCUACCAUGUACUUCACAUUUAGUGUUUACAAAUAGGCUAAAUAGUACUCCAAGACUUCGAAGUGUUGACUCUCUGAAAGUCGAAGUUUAAGUCUGGCAGACGUUGACCACUCCAAGACUUUGUAAAGUUGGCCAAAAUGAAAAUGGGUGUAUUUUCUACUUGAUCUACGAAAGUUAUACUGCACAAUAAGAGUUUGUAAUUUACGCCGUGCAACCCUGAACGCAGAAGGUAUACCACCUGUGUGCUGACGCCUUGCCGCGAAUCUGUAGGCCUAUAUAACAACAACAACAACAACAACAAGAAUCAACGUCAUCCAGAAACUCAAUUGUCAUUAUGGCGAAGUACCAACGAUACAUGGAUGCCAGCAACAGGGCGAUGGACUUCUUUGUACGUAACAUCGCGGAGGACGGAGAGUUCAAAGGCAAGGGGACUGUGGGCGAUUUGGGAGCCAUUUACAAAGCCCCGACACUACUGCUUCUGGCAGGUCGGGUAGACGUUGCAACGAGGCUGCUCGAGUACAUACAACGGCGUUUCGGUCAGAACAACGGCGACUUCCUCAGCUACCCUGACAAGACAGGGCGGGAGAAGAGGACGGAGAACGGACUACUGAAAGAGUUUCAGGCUUACAUGGGCGGCAGGAUCACCGCUGCUGCUCAUCGAAUCGGCAGGUUUGACAUCUCCAUACCAAGUUAUGACUUCCUGCAAACGUUCUGGAGCCCUAAAGUGAAAACGUUCAUUGUGAACGAGCCAUACAACGAGUCGUCCCAGGAGCAAAUUGUGGACACGCUCAUUUCCUCUCAUCUCGGCUUAUUGGCCUUGUUCUUCAAAGACAUGGACAAAGCGAUCGGAGCAGGCGAUGCGAUUGUGAAGAUCUACGAACUGCAGAACGACCCUUGAGAAUCAGUUUGUGUUCCGAAUGUGGGCGAGCUCUGGAAAGUUGAUCACGGAUAAGGCGACCUGCCCAGCCGCCGACGGCGUCUGUUUUCUGAAGCGAAACGGGAAAGACGAGCUCUUCUUCAUGUUGGGCUUUCCAGUCAUCUUUCUGGCCAAACUCUACCUAGCCACAAAAGUCACGAAAUAC